AUGACCUCCUUCUCUACAGCCUCCCCCAAGCCAGUCUCACCACGAAUCCACGUUCUCGGACUCGGCAGUAUCGGCUGUUUCGCUGCACAUUGCAUUACUGAGAUCACGAAAGGCCCAUCCGUCACUCUACUUCUCCACCGGAAGUCCCUCCUCGACGCAUACCGCCAGAACGGCAAUCGCAUGCUCGUCCAGACGGCAGAAGGCAAGCAUAUCAGUUCGGAAGGGUAUAGUUUCGAGGUCCUCGAUAAUAAAUACCAAUGGUAUCAUACUUCCCCGGGCGAUACGGAGGACACUAUCAAGCAGCCUGCUUCAGAACCCAUCGAGAGCCUGAUCGUUUGUGUCAAAGCCACCCAAACCGUGGAAGCUCUGAGGCCACUUGUCCGCCGACUCGGUCCCGCCUCGACGAUCCUCUUUCUGCAAAAUGGGUCGGGGAUGAUUGAGGAGGUUAAUGUGCACCUGUUUACGAGCCCGAAGUCGAGGCCCAGGUACCUUGUGGGUGUCAUUUCUCACGGCGUGACGCUCAACUCGUCGUUUGAUAUCACGCAUACCGGGUUCUCCGCGACGUCCAUAGGUCUGAUGCCUCGUGAGGGGGAGAAGUUAUCAUCCGGGCCAAAUGGUCAGUCAUAUAACAGCAGCAGCAACGACAAUGAUAACUACCCCCUGCAAGCCCUCCUGCACUCCCCACGCCUAAACCUAACAUCAUACGCCUACACCUCCGUCCUCCAAUUCCAGCUCGAAAAGCUAGCCGUCAACGCCUUCUGCAACCCUCUCUGCGCGCUCAACGACGCUCCCAACGGGUUUCUCUUCACGAUCCCCGAGACACGCCGGGCUAUAUUAACCGAGAUAUCAAAGGUCGUGCUGGCGCUGCCGGAACUUGCAGACGUGCCUGGUGUGGCGGAACGGUUCUCCGUGCAGAGGUUGGAGGAGACGGUGAAUGGGAUUUUGACGAAGACGUAUAACACGACGUCGUCGAUGGUGUGGGAUCUGCGGCUGGGAGGGAGACAGAGGUCAGGUUUAUUAAUGGGUCGUGGUCGAGGAUGGGGAGGAGGGUUGGGGUAG